AUGGACCUAUAUUCUGGUCAAGUAAAAGCCAAAGAUAUAGGUAAUAUUUCAAGCGGCCAGAAAUCUGAUUCUCGACCUUAUGCCCUCAUAGGAUGUGCUCUGAGAGGGUGGGACUUGUAUGGUCUCUGUCUGGAUGCAUUCCGUGGAGAGGUGAGGUCUGCAUACCCAGUGGGUGCUGAGUUAGGUGUAAAGGUCUACAGAUGCCCAGAGAAAGUGUCU